AUGCUCCUCCGCCCCCUUCCCCCCAUUUUGCGACCACCGACGACCGGAAGGCCGACAAGCAGCGCGCACACCCUGCACACCCUGCAAGCCCACUCGUUCGUCUCGACCUUCUCUCCUUGCCCAGGGUGCACUUUUGGCUUGCAACCUGGCUCUCUGCCCGCUGACUCAACAAGCACCACCAAGAACGACGAGGGCCACUACCACUACCACUACCACGCCUUCUGCGCUCACUUGACUUUCAAGCUUGGCAGCCCAACUGACUGGUCUCCCGUCUACUGUCUUGCUGCCGCCCACCACCCUUUCCCUUUUCUCUCUCUCCACACCAGCAGCAAGUCCCCACCCACCACCACCAGCUCUCUUCACCUCAUCCCAAUCAUGGCUUCUGUCGCCGAGGCCCGUCCCAGUCCCUUCGCGACCGACGCCCAUAACCCCAACCUGCACAAGUCCAUACCCAUCCUCCCUUCCUCUGGCUCGACGCUGGCGCCACCACGAGACCCCAUGGACAUCACCCCAUCACCCGCCUCGACCAUGGGCCCGCCCACGCACAACGGCGCAAGCGCAGGCGCAGGCACAGAACUCAAUGGCACGAGCUCAGCACAGACACAGUCGCAGCAGCCGCAGUCACAAUCGCAGCCGCAGUCGCAAUCGCAAUCGCAAUCGCAAUCCCAGGCGCAGUCGCAGUCGCAGUCGCACAGCCAAUCCGUAAACGGGGAAGCUGGCCACGCCUCGCCCAAUGGCAAUGCUGCACCGACGGUCGGUGCGGCUGCUGCUGCUUCUCAGCCCAAGGUCAUCCAGACGGCCUUUAUUCACAAGCUCUACAACAUGCUCGAAGACCGCAACAUCCAGCACCUCAUCUCAUGGUCGACGGGCAACGAGAGCUUCGUCAUGUCCCCGUCGAGCGAGUUCUCCAAGGUACUGGCAUCUUAUUUCAAGCACACUAACAUUUCCUCCUUCGUCCGGCAAUUAAACAUGUAUGGCUUUCAUAAAGUGAGUGACGUCUUCCACACUGGUUCCCCAGACUCUCCUCUAUGGGAAUUCAAGCAUGGCAAUGGUAACUUCAAACGCGGGGACUUGGUCGGCCUGCGGGAAAUAAAGCGACGUGCCUCACGACAUGCUCUCAUCCACCGCGAUUCCUUCUCAACACCCAAAAUGCCGACUGGUCCUCCAGCUGGACAACCGGUCGAGCCCACGCCAGAUCCCAUCGAGAUGCGCCUUGGCAACCUGGAGCACAAUCUCUAUGAAAUGCACUCGCGAGUGCAGCGGUCAGAAGAUACAUGCGCCUACCUCAAUCAAAAGGCCCUGGUCCUGACCGAGGGCAUGAUGCGAUGUCACCAGUGGAGUCAGGAGCUCACAAAUUAUAUCAUGGCCAUGGUGCCAGAUCCGGAUAAUCCCAUCCACAGAGAUGUUGCGAUGAUGCAGCGCGACAUCACUCGCCAAACGGAGAUGCUGCGCGCCCUGGAGGCGCCCGAGGAGCCACUCUCCGCACGUCAGCCCUACUUCAUGCAGGGAGAUAGCAACAAUGGUCCUCCACUAUCGCCUCGGCAACUGCCUCAAGACAACCUAAUAGAGUCAAGAAGAGGAUCCUUGGCCAGCAUAUCGCGCCAAGCGCCAUACAAGGCUCCUGUCCCUCCUCACAUUGCUAUUUCCCCACGACGAUAUGGCUCAAUAGGUGCGGGUAAUUACUCCCCUUCUUCAGCCAGGACCCCAGCUCAGCAUCAGCCACCCCCACCACCUCCACCGCCUGUCCAGCAGCCGGGAGCUCCAAAUCCGGGGAAUCCACCCGGAAGCAGCUCCUCUCCACCCUACAAUCAUCUGUACAGGCGGCACACGUCGGCAGAUAUUCGCACCCACGGGUGGCCGCCACAGCCGCCCCCUAGUGGGCCAACACACUCACCCUUUACUUCAGGUCACAGUUCAACUCAGUGGCCAUCCUCACCACAUCGGACACCGAUCGGAGGUGGCGAUCAGCAACUCCGUGACGCCUUGGAGUCAUACCAAUUACCUCGUGGCCCUAGGCAACAGUCAUCACGGCAAGGGACUCCCCCUUUACACGUUGAGUCUGCGUCUUCGUCACUAGGGCCAGACAGUGGCUGGACUCUCCCUGGUGCAAGAUUCCCAUUCAGGGGUAUCGAUACACCUGGACCACCUACACGCCGCUCCAGUAUGGCCUCGAACGUACACUCGUUGCUCAACCCCGCCGAAACUGCUGAACGAGCAGACGAAGACGAACCCGAAGAUCCUCGCAAGCGGAAGCGCAUGCAGUGA